AUGUCUGACGAAGUGCCUUUGGGUCGUUUAUCGCAAAUUUUUGAUACGCUUACCAACAUACAGCAACAACAACAACAUCAGCAACAACAACAACAUCUGCAGCAGCAGCAACAGCAGCUGCAACAGGCUGCGUCGACGGCGGCAGAGCAGCGUCGUCGUUCAGCUUCAUCAUCGCCAUCGCCGUCGGCGAGUGCCUCAGCCUCCACAUCGGGUCGUGCCACGCCCGCUGCAACGCUGGGUGUGGCUGCCACACAGACACUCUACUACACACACACGCACAACUACUUUCUACGACCACAAGAUGGCGCCAGUUACCUGCACACAUUUCCAGCGGCCACCGCUCAACAUGCCUCACACUAUUAUCAGCAGCAACAUCAUCAGUUGCAACUGCAACAUCAACAUCAGCAAUUGCAACAGCCGCCCUCAUUGCCGAUACAUUUGCCCGGUCGUCUGUCUGGUUCUGGGUCCGGCUCGGGUUCAGCGUCCGGUCCCGGAUCGGGCACACAAUCGUUGCAUGCCUCGCCGUUGCUGGCGAAGCGAGCCACAUCGUUCAGCGGUCAGAUGCCGUUGUCACGUGCCGCACAGUUGCAUGAGGUGCGUCUGGUGGCCGCCUCGACUCCAAAUAGUCCACGUCUAAUGCCACGUCGCGUGCCACGCCCACCUCCCAUACCGGCUAAGCCGUCGAAGGAGCUGCAAAAUCCACAGCAAACUACAUUAGCUGAUUCUUCGCAGAUGCAGACGACUCUCAAUCCCGUCUUGGCCGCAUUGGAUGCACCCGAUGCACCCUGGCCACAUUUCUCCACCCUCACCGAGCACUUGGAUGUACAUCAGUUGAACAACUACGGACAGGCACUGCCAGAAGUCAACUGGCAGGAGCGUUGCCUGGAGCUGCAGUUGGAAUUGCAUCGUUCCAAGAAUCAGGCAGGUCGUAUACGUGAUAUGCUGCGUGAAAAGUUAACGGAACUCGAGCAGCGCGUCAUCGAAGCGGAAGAACGCGCCGAGGAAGCUGAAGAUAAGGUGCGUGCUAUGGAGCAGCGGCUGAGUGAAUGGCCAAAGCCCCAAGCACAACAACAACAGCAACAACUACAACAUAGUCAGCACUCGCAGCAGAGCACUGCGACCAGUUCUCCCAUACAUCAACAACAACAACAAGCAGUUGCCGCAGCUGCAUUGGCGGCAGCCUGUCAGCAGAGUGUACUUGCCACAAGCAGCGGCAGCAGCGUUGCAACUGGCGUUGGGGCAGGCAACGAGACAACGGAGAAGACAAUUACCUCGUUGGAGAUUCAGGUGGAGGAGCAACGUCAGCUGCGCUUACACGACGCUCGACAGAUCGAAGCAAAGGCGGCCAAGAUCAAGGAGUGGGUCAAUAAUAAGCUCAGGGAUCUCGAGGAGCAGAAUCAAUUGCUGCGUGAACAGAAUAUCAAGUGUAAUCAGCAGCUGGAGCUGCUCAAGAAUCACAUUGCCAAUCAAUCGCAACGACACAGCAUUGUUGGUCCGGUGAGGAACAGUUUGAGCUUGGAUGUGCAGGAUUUUGCAAGUACGCCGGAGACACGACGACGUAGUGAGAGUCUUGAUCCGCAGGAGAUUAUCAGUCGACCGUUGACCAGUUCAUAUCCGCAUCAUCAGCAUCGACGCAAUCUCUCAAUGGAGCCGCAGGAGCUGGAACGCAAUCUCGUUGCCGCUGUCGAUGGCCUAACACUCGCUCCACUCUCGAGCAUCUCCAGCAAGGCAUCGCAGUCGGCGGCGUCAGCGGGUGUCACACGUCCGGAUAGCUCCGAUACGGAUACGGCCCAUGAUUAUGCCGAAAUCUAUACGCCGUCUUGCGAGAAGUUGCCCGCCUGGAUGAAGAAUAAUCCGGCAUUGAUGGCCAGCGGUGGAAAUUCCAGCACCACCACAACCACCACAAGUGAAUUGGGAGUGCCCAGACCGCCCACACCGCCGCUGCAUCGUUUCCCCAGUUGGGAGGCCAAGAUCUAUCAGGUGGCCAAUGAUGGACUCGCCGGAACUGGAACGGGUACUGGAACCGGAGCUGGUACCGGAACUGGUACCGGCACAAGCACCGCUGAGAGCACUGGGAGCAAUGAACCCACGCCGGAUGUGCAGGAGCACAGUUUGACCUUGUCAAAUGGCAGGUCACGACAUCCGCAUGAUGGCAAUGGCACGCUGGGCAGCAUCGGUACUCCGGGAACUCCUCAGCCGCCGACGCGUCAGCAACAAACCGCCAGCGGCGGCUUCUGUGAUAUAUCCGUGCCCGUCUAUGCCACGGUCAAGGGGCGUGCCUCCCAAAUACGCUCGAUGCCCUUCACGGGCGACUCCAGUGAUGAUUCCAGCGAUGGCGAGGAUCAUGCCGUCAUGCUGACCCACAACUCGCACAAUUCAUCCAGCACGGACAACACGGAGACCUCGACAUCUGGCAGCGCCUCGAGUCCCUCAAAAAGUCUCAAGACCUCAUCGAGUUUGAGCCCCGCCAAGCGCAGUGGCUCCGAGAGCCCCAAAAAUGCCAAAGCGCGUGGCCUCUCCGACGAUUACGCCCUGCCCCCCGACGCAGUCUCCGAAUCGACAUGCAUGGACGCCUCGAUGCCAUCGCUUUUAAUGCGUCAAUCCUACGUAGAUUCUCCGAGCAAGAAGCUCGAGUCGCUCGAAAAGAUGGGUCACCUGGCCAAGCUUGGUGGCAAACUAAAGACCUGGCGUAAGCGGUGGUUUGUCCUGAAGAACGGCAGCCUCAACUAUUGGAAGAGUCAGCAUGAUGUGCAACGCAAGCCGCAGGGUCAGAUCCAGUUGGACGAGGCCUGUCGCAUUAGUCGGGCGGAAGGUGCCUCCACCUUUGAGAUAGACACCGGAAAGAAGGUCUACUACUUAACCGCCGACUCGCAUGCCACCAUGGAUGAUUGGAUACGUGUCCUUCAAAACGUGCAACGUCGCAAUGCAACCAAAUUGUUGCUCAGUCGAGAUGAUCAGAAGCCCACGGUGCAGGGAUGGGUGACCAAGGUGAAAAAUGGACAUGCCAAGAAGUGUUGGUGUGUGCUCCUAGGAAAAAUGUUCCUCUACUUCAAGGCGCCCGCCGAGACAAAUCCACUGGGACAGAUCAACAUGCGAGAUGCUCGUGUGGAGGAAGUGGAGCAUGUUUCCGAUUCCGACUCAGAGGAACGUGAAGAUGCUGCUCAGGAUCAAGCCCGUCUAACAGUGGCCAUCUAUCCGGCACAUCAGGGUCCCACAUAUCUGAUUCUAUCCGGUAAACCAGAGCGCGAUAAUUGGCUCUAUCAUCUGACUGUUGUGUCGGGAGGGGGACCAAGUGCGGGCACACAGUAUGAGCAACUGGUGCAGAAGCUUAUGGAAACCGACGGAGAUCCAAACUGUGUACUCUGGCGCCAUCCCAUAUUACUACACACCAAAGAUACGAUCGCAUCGCCCUUAUCCUCCAUGCAUACGGAGUCCAUGCAGCCGGAGGCCAUUAAGCUAUUCAAGAGCAUUCAGCUGUUCAUGUCGGUUGCGGUUAAUCAACCAGGAAUCGAUUACCAUGUGGUUCUCGCUCAGAACGCUUUGCAACACUGUCUGGACAUGCCGGAACUACAGACCGAAAUGAUCUGUAUAUUGAUCAAGCAAACCUCCCGACAUAUGGGCCAGAAACUAAGUGUCGGUGUCCAGGUAAACAAGAAACUGGGCAAGCAAACGCGCCAACUACUAUUGUGCGCCACCCAAAGCCUGUUCACCUGUGAUACCCAACAGGCUGGACAAGCUCAAGCCAACGGCAGUUCGCCCACAUCGAUACAGGCGCCUGUGACCACGCCCAUUAUCGAUUGCAAGUCAAAUCCGCCCGCUUACAGCUUUGUCCAGGGCUGGCAACUCCUCGCCCUGGCCGUCUCCCUCUUUGUACCCAAAUCGAGUCGACUCCUUUGGUAUCUCAAGCUUCAUUUGUCCCGCAAUGCGGACACUAAAACAGAGACUGGCAAAUACGCGGCAUACUGUGAGCGUGCCCUGGAGCGAACUCUGAAGAAUGGGGGACGUGAAACGAAGCCGUCGCGCAUGGAGGUGCUAUCGAUAUUACUGAAGAAUCCAUAUCAUCACUCCCUACCGCAUGCAAUACCCGUGCACAUGAUGAACACCACCUACCAAGUGGUUUCCUUCGACGGCUCCACGACCAUCGAGGAAUUUCAGACUACGCUGGCCCAGGAACUGGGCACACGUGAUGCCACCAAUGGAUUUUGUCUAUUUAGCGAUGAUCCGAUUGAAAAGGAUCUGGAGCACUAUUUAGAACCAUUGGCCAAGCUCUGUGAUGUGAUUAGCAAGUGGGAGACGGCACUGCGGGAGAAGGGUUCCGGAAAGUUUGAGAACUCACGCGUCAUCCAGCUGAGCUACAAGAAUCGUCUUUACUGGAAGCACACCAUCAAAUGCGAGACAGACAAGGAGCGAUUGUUACUGUGCUAUCAGACGAAUGCACAGAUUGUCCAGGGACGCUUCCCACUCUCCCGUGAGUUGGCUCUGGAGUUGGCCUCGUUGAUGUCCCAGAUCGACAUGGGCGAUUAUUCGCAUGAGAAGUCCCGAGAUGUGGGCCUCAAGGCGUUGGACAAGUUCUAUCCGUAUCGCUAUCGGGAUGCCUUGGGUGCUGAGCAGCUUAAGGACGUCCAGGAGCUGCUCAUCUCCAAGUGGACGCUGCUCAAGGGACGCUCCACGCUGGACUGCGUACGCAUCUAUCUGACCUGCUGUCGCAAGUGGCCCUACUUCGGCGCCUGCCUCUUCCAGGCCAAGCCACGCCAGUGUGAGCCACAUGCAGCUACCGGCACACCCGUCGCCUGGCUGGCCGUCGCCGAGGAUGCGCUCAACGUGCUCGAGCUGUCCACAAUGGCGCCGGUGGCUCGUUAUCCCUACAGCACGGUGAUGACCUUUGGCGGCUGCCAGGACGACUUUAUGUUGGUUGUCUCCCAUGAUGAUGGCACCUUAGCCGGUGGCUGCGAGCAGAAACUUCUGUUUGCCAUGAGCAAGCCCAAGAUCUUGGAGAUAACCCUGCUCAUCGCGGACUACAUGAAUGCGUUGGGUCACACGGUGCCGGGUACACCACAGAUGAACUCCCUCACCCGGAAUGGAUCACAUCGUUCGCUGCGCACCUCGCAGCGACCAGCUGGUGGUGGAGUCGGGGGACUCACGGCUGUCGGCGCUGCCAGCAGCAUCACCGGCUUCUCCACAAAUGCCACCACGACGGCUCACAACACACUCAACUCGCAUGCCACCCACACGUUGAAUUCAACACACUCGCACACGCUGAGCAGCUCACAUCAUGGCGGUGGUGCCGGUGGUGGUGGUGGUGGCGGUGGUGGCAGUCAUCAGGGUACGCUCAAUUCACAGAAUGCCGGUCUCCAUCAUCAUCAUCACCAUCAUCAGGUGGCGCAUCCACAUCAGCCAGACAUACUCAAGAGCACACCCGAUCAUCAGCGGAUCAAGUGA